GCGCCGGGGCGCCGGUGCCCUUCCUGGCCGCCCGACGAAGUCGGGAACUUUCUCGGAGUGCGACCUGGCGGCCAGGCUGCUCAACAAAGCUCUCGCCCUGAUCCUGGCCGCGGGUGCUUGCCGCCUUGCCUGCCGUGGCGGUGCGGGCUCUGCCUUCGCCCCCUCUGCGUCCGCAGUGGGGGCUCCCUCGCGGGCUGUAGCGGACCGAACUGUCGCGGAGCGCAGCGUCGGCCUGUCGCGCACCCCGCGUUCGGCUUUGCGGGAGCGUCAGAAGCCGACCUUCUCCCCUGUGAUCGAGCAGCCCCGGAAGCAACUCUACAAGCCAGCGGACGAGGAUGCCUGGCGCAUCGGUGACGACGUGGCCGGCGCGACCGUUGUUUCGAACGCGCAGCUCUCGCAGCAGCAGCACGGCGCCUCGACCGAGUGGACGGUCGAGUCGCCGAUCACCUUCAGCUACAAGGUGCGCGAGAGCGUCGACAUCCUCGAUCCGUCGAGCACCGACCUCCUGUUCGGCUUCCUCGACGGCGAUGUCGAGAUGCUCGCCCGCGCUCUCUCGCGCGCCGUCAAGCGCGUCGUCGUCGUCGAUGACAACGUGUUCGCGAUCUACGGCGACAAGAUCAAGGCUUACCUCGAGCACCACAACGUCGAGCACCGGCUGCUAGUGCUGCCGACGAACGAGGAACACAAGAACAUGGACAUGGUGCUCAAGAUCGCCGAGGCCAUCCACGACCUCGGCAUCGACCGCCGCCUCGACCCCGUCAUCGCCAUCGGAGGAGGCGUGUGCAUGGACAUCGUCGGCUUCGCUGCCUCCAUCUACCGCCGUCGCACGCCGUACAUCCGCGUGCCGACGACGGUGAUGGGGUAUGUUGACGCGAGCAUCGGUGCGAAGACAGGCGUCAACUUCGUCGGCCACAAGAAUAAGCUCGGCGCCUACCUGCCGCCGGCGCUCACGCUGCUCGACCGCUCUUUCCUCGGCUCCCUCGACCAGCGGCAGCUCUCCAACGGUGCCGCCGAGAUCCUCAAGAUGGCGUUGGUCAAGGACGGCGAGCUGUACGAGCUGCUCGCCAACCAUGGCGAGGAGCUGAUCGACGGCAAGUUUCAGGACGCCGACGCCGGCGGCUCCGUCGCCUCCGCUCGCGUGCUCAACCUCGCCAUCCAGACGAUGCUUGAGGAGCUCGCGCCCAACCUAUGGGAGGACUCCCUCGAGCGGCUCGUCGACUUUGGGCACGUCUUCUCGAUGGAGCUCGAGAUGUCGGUGCUGCACGACGAGAAGCUCUUCCAUGGCGAGGCCGUCGCGAUCGACAUGGUCUUCUCGUCGGUCCUCUCCCACGUGCGCGGCCACAUCAGCAUGCCGUACCUCGAGUCCAUCAUCGCGACGGCGCGUGGCCUCAAGCUACCUGUUUACCAUGAGAGGAUGGACUCCGCGCAGGUUGCCUUCUCGCUCAAGGAGCGGAUUAAGUUCUCGCAGGGCCAAAAGAUUCCGCUGCCCACCAGCCAUGGCGUCGCGCGCCUCUUCAACGACAUUACCCAAGAGCAGCUGGACGAGGCUCUCGCCCUCUGGAAGCAGCUCUGCGCCUGA